UUUUUUUCCUGCCCAUCCAAUAAAUGAAAUCAAAACAAUUAAUUAUUCCCGACGGGACAGAAGCUACAUUUUCCAAUUCUUUAAGUAUUUUAUUGUCUAAUAAUAAUGGUAAUGUUGUUGAACAACAAAGAAAAUUUAAAAGACGUCGAAUUUUUUCGAUUUGCAAAUUUUUUGAUUGUCCAAUGCCCUGGUUUGGUAUUGACAUUGGUGGUACUUUGACUAAAUUAGUUUAUUUUGAACCUACUGACCUUGACGAAUAUGUGGAAUCCCCCGACGAACAAAUUCGUGAAAAGACAAUUCAUCGAUAUUUGACAACAAACAAAGCUUAUGGAGAAACUGGAGUUAGGGAUGUUAAUUUGGAAUUGUCUGGUGUUCGAAUUAAUGAUCGUAAAGGCAUAAUUCACUUCAUUCGUUUUCCAACUGACCGCAUGUUGAAUUUUGUUCGUUUAGUUAAAGAAAAAGGAUUUGCCCAAAUGAGUAGCACAGUUUGUGCAACUGGUGGGGGUGCAGAAAAAUAUGCAAAAGAACUUGGAAUGUAUUUUCACAAAUCAGAAGAAAUGAGGUCUUUAAUUAAAGGGAUUGAAUUUGUUGCUCAAAAUAAUUUGGACGAAUGCUAUUAUUAUGACAAUCCAUUGAGCAAGGAUUAUAAGAAGGUUAUUUGGCGUUGGUCGAGCGCGCGUUGCUCAACUACUGACCACAUUCACGAUGACAAAAAAUGUCCACCUCCUGAAGGCCUUCAAUAUCCCUAUAUUGUUUGUAAUAUUGGCUCAGGCGUUUCAGUUGUUCUUGUUCGUUCCCAUAAUGACUUUAAACGUGUAAGCGGUUCUUCAAUUGGUGGCGGCUUUUUCCAAGGACUUUGUUUUUGGCUUUGUGGUUGUGAGACUUUUGAGGAAGCAAUUGAAUUGGCAACUAAAGGGGACAACAAAAAAGUGGAUAAAUUGGUUGGGGAUAUUUAUGGAACUGAUUAUGAUGCUGCUGGUUUGCCGAGUGAUGUUAUUGCUGCUAGUUUUGGCAAAGUAUUCAACAAAGAAGAUGCUAAAAACAUCAAAAAGGAAGAUUUGGCUGCAGCGGCAUUGGUAACCACAGCAAAUAAUAUUGGUUCAAUUGCGCUGAAUAUAGCUAAUCAUCAUGGAAUUGAAAGAAUUGUUUUUGCUGGCAAUUUUCUCCGUGUCAAUCCAAUAGCCGCUCGUUUACUGGCCCAUGCAAUGAACUUUUGGUCUAAAGGAACAAAGAAAGCUUUGUUUUUAAUUCAUGAAGGCUAUUUUGGUGCUGUUGGUUGUCUCGAUAAAUUAGUUGAUGUAACGAAUACUAGAAGGAUGGAAAAGAAUAGUAAAAGCACAACACCUUCACAGGGAAGUAGUUCGGCUGGGGAAGAUAAAGAAGGAAGUGUUGAGGGAGGGGAAAAUGUUGUUAAAGAUGACGAGGAAAUGAAAACUCCGAGAGAAUGA